AUGCCGCCGGAUCGCGGCCGUGCUUCCCGGGCAUGCACCUCAUGCAGAAAACAAAAGACCAGAUGCUACGAGCCUGGAAUUCCUGGACGAGCAUGUAUGCGAUGCGAUCGACUUCACCAGACUUGUUCGCUUGUGCAAAUAGUUGCCUCAGAUGAGGAAUCCAUAGCCCCCGCAACAGGCACAGAUGCGCGCUUGGAGCGUCUAGAAAAGACCGUGGCGACUCUGCUCGACCGACUUGGAGAAGGCCCAGUAAAAAAUCCAGGCCAUGAGUCGAGUAGACCUACCCCCGCGCAGACGAGCUCGGGGUCUGGCGAUGCGUACGGGGACUCGGAAUCCUCCGCGGCUCCGAUCAUGGUCAUCCGCGAUCUAGCAACAGACAGCGGCAUCAAACCAAUGUCUGAUGCCAGAUCUUUAGAGGCGGUAUUGGAUGAACUUAUUUCGCCUGAUCUUGCACUUACGCUUAUCACAAUUUUCCUGGAAUAUUACGGUCGGUGGGUUCUCUUCGAUCCCGAAUGUGAGCCAAGCGAGCUUCUCCGUCGAGUGAAAAAGUCGAGCUUGCUAUUCUGCGCUUGUUCUCUGAUCGCCGUGCGGCACACUUCCGAGGAAUUGGCUGCAAGUCUUGCUCCGAAAUUGUAUGAGUAUGCCCGCUCGCUUGCUUCUACCACUCUUCUAGUUGCCCCGCAGCCCAUUGAGUUCUUUCAGGCUACCCUGAUCCUGUCUAUGUGGUCGACGACUGUCGGACAGGUGCCUUUGAGUAUCGAUAGCUGGCUUCUGAGCGGGUUUGCUUUACAGCACUCUCAUUCGAGCCCGCUGUUUACUGCUGUCAUGACUCAGUCCCUCCCUCCAAAUAGACUAGAUGAGGAAACUAUGCGUAAUUGCUAUCUGUGGAAUCAUCUCUGCCUUGCUCAUAUGCAUUAUUGUGUUGGUACCAGCCGCCGAUCCAUGUUACAACCAUGGCAAAUCGAACGAUGCCGUGCUAUUAUUGUUUCAGAUCAUGCCAAUAACUUUGAAGUGCGCAUGGUGGCCGAGAUUUAUCUUUACUGGACUGUAUAUGAACACCUUAUCCAGGAGUCGGUUGAUUUGCUGAAGUCAGUGGCAGCUUUGCAGGACUGGCGACGAAAAUGGGAAUUUGUCAUUGAACAACCGAGAUCGCAGUUUCUGUCAAUGGGCUUCCACUUCUCAUAUCUGCUUCUAUACGAGCAUGCUCUGAAAGCCAACUCUCCCCGAGCUCGGGAAUCAGUCGUACCGGAAAUGAUUCGGCAUUCCAAGGCAAUUGUGAAACUGGCUAUGGAUACAGUCGAUGAGCGCACCCGCCAUUUGACCGAUCAUAUAUACCAUAUGAUUACCUUUGCAGCGAUUGUCAUCUGUCGCCUACUAAAUGCCUACCCAGAAAAGGUCGCCUCGACUUACAAUAUUGACGAGCUCGAAUUGCUCGUACCUGACUUAGUUCAGUGGCUGUACUGCAUUGGAUUACCAUGCCAUGCGGCGCAUACCUUGGGAAAUAUCAUCACCAAGGUGCAUCAAAAAUUACGGCCGCAUGUCGAGCUACCGCCAGCAAACUCGCAACCAGAAGAGCUACUUGGCGAACUUAACAAUUAUUAUUUCCCAGAAUUUCUUGGAUUAGGGAUUUCGGCUAAUGGGGAUUGGGAUCUUCUGUCAAAUAUGGGUCUCUUUCCGGAAAGUCCGUCUAUUCCAGGGAGACCCGAUUGA